AUGGAUAGAUCAAAGAGCAUCAAACUCGACACCUUAGCUGAGGUAUGCUCGAAGCGCCUUGCCGACGAAUAUCUGAAGGUCAAAUAUCUGGACUUGAUGAAGGACCUGAAAUCCACACACCCUCUAAAUUUUCCCAACAAAAAAAGGACAAGGAAGGCCGAGAAAAUUGGGAUCAAUGUUAUUAUUGAUAAAAGUAUUGUACUACUUGGCAAAAAGCGACGUCGUAUGAUGAUAGAUAUUCAUGAAGGACAAGGAAAAGCUUAUAUCUCGAAACCAAAUUAUGCACCGGACAUGCCCAAAGAGCUGAGGGAUCUGAUUCGAGAGAAGCGUGGUUACGACGUGAAGCUUAUUAUUGAGAAGGAACUGUACGACACCGAUGUGAAAAAGGCCCAGAAUCGGCUUUCAAUGCCGUUGAAACAGAUUCUCUCUGAUGAUUUUCUCAACCAAAAGGAGAAGACUAUUCUGAGCGGAACAAAUGAACAAGGCCGCAAGCCAAACGACGGCGUCGUUGUGGGUUUGGUUGAACCCUGUCUGGAAGAAACGACAAUGACAUUGAAGAAGAGGGACUUCACCAGCACCAGUUCUUACGUUUUGAUCAAUAACUGGCAUGGACUUGUUGAGAGAAAUGGGCUCGUGAAAGGUGACACUGUCCGGGCCUGGUUCUUUAGGGUCAACGAUCGUCCUUGGAUUGCCUUGGUGAAGUCUUCCUAA